CCGGGGAAAACUACAACGUGCUGCUGUCGCGUCAAUGUGACGUCAUCACUGCACGACGCCGACAUGACGGAUACAGGUUUAGCCAUCCUCUGCCUAACUUUGACGCCAUUUGUGUGACAUGGAGCCAGACGGGGAUCUAAACCCCGACACAGAUGACCUUCCACUCCGAGCCAAUACUAACCACAUACUUGUCAGACAUUAUGUGCUGGACCUGACUGUGCAUUUUGACAGGAAGGUCAUCAGUGGUAGUGUUGUUCUGUUCCUGGAGCCUCGCUCUGAAGUGGGGACUAAUGCUGAGGAUUACACUGGACCUGGGACUAUAGAGGCUGGAAGGAAUCAGGAUGGGUCCGUGUGUAGUUUUCGGGAUGUGGAUGUUAUGGAGGGUGAUACAAAAGGACUUGGGAAGACUAUGGCAAGGGUGGAGAAGAUGUUUGGUGCUAGAGAAAAAGACAAAGCUGACUUUCAGGCUCCGUCUGAGGUUGGGUCGCAGACUGCAGGGGAAACCGAAAAUAUUCAGUCUUCACAUUCAUGGAAAACCACCAGUGACAGUGAUUUCACCUUAGUGCUGGACUGUUGUGACCUCGAUGUGUCAAAGGUUGAAGAGGUGGACGUCACCUCUGUGUCAGCCACGUCUAGCCUCCUGCAAGAGGUCGCAUCUGAGAGGUCAGGGGUCAGUUCAGUGAACCCACAAACAGCCUUUAUUCAGAAUCUUAUCUCCCUGCCCUCUAGCCGAUGGAGGCAGAAGCACCAGCUGUUUUUACUGUGUAGCCGUGCCCCUGGUGCUCAGGAUGGCAGCUCACUGCAUUUUCGUAGAGACCAAUGGAGUCUGCAGGUGAGAAAGAAGGGGGUUGUGUCACCUCAGGAGUUCCCUUGUGCUCUCAGGAUCUGCUAUGAGACGAGACCAACAGGAGGCUCUGUGAUGUGGACCAAAGACCAGGACAACAGGGUGUGUGUUUACACUGCCGGUUCUCCCAUCAACAACCGAGCCCUCUUCCCCUGCCAGGAGCCGCCUGUUGCCAUGUCAACAUGGCAGGCAACAGUACGGGCCCCCAGUGAGUGUGUGGUUUUGAUGAGUGGGGAGGAGCAGACUGUACCUACUGAGGACGGGGACACACGUUUCUUAAUCUGGAAUUACUACGUCACUAUGCCCAUGCCCGCCUCCACCUUCACCUUGGCAGUGGGCCACUGGUGCCAAGUCACAGGAGAAAUUCCCCCAGCAUUGGAAGAAGGGGUGAGGGACAGGACGGAUUGCGACAAGACAGCCAAACUCAGAGCUGGACCUGGGGAACGGGCUGAGGCUCAGCUUGUGUCUGGAUUUGGAAGCUCCACCAGUGAAGUAGUAAAGGGCUUUCCACUCCAGACUGGCAGCGGAGACCAGACCACCCGCUCAGACUCUGCAUUCUGUUACUCUUCCCUUGAAGAUGAGGGGCUCUCUGUAACUGAUUAUUCAGGCAUGGUGGAUGACGGCAUCUCUUGUUCCCAUGGCGACUACCCUUGCAGAUUUACUGAGCGGUCAGCUAGGUCCCAGCGGGUGAUUCCACACCGUGUGUUUGGCCCUGUCUGCUUGCUGCAGAAGGCCCAGAUGGGAGUCCUCAAGUUGUUGCCUCGAUGUUUGGCUGCAGCCCAUGCUGUUCUGGGGGCCCACCCCUUUCCUCGCCUGGAUGUUCUCAUUGUCCCAGCAGGGUUCUCCAGUCUGGGCUUGGCCAGCCCGCAUAUCAUUUUCCUGUCCCAGAGUGUGUUGUAUGGUGGGAGUCCUGGUUCUGGAGAGAACGGCCUGUCUCUGUGUGGGUCCAGGAUGUGCCAUGAGAUCGCCCACUCCUGGUUCGGCCUGGUUAUCGGAGCCAGAGACUGGACUGAGGAAUGGAUCAGCGAGGGCUUUGCCACCUACCUGGAGGACAUUAUCUGGGCCCAAACACAACAACUUUCUUUACAAGAGACAGCAGAACAGUCUGACCUGAAGGCACUGCUAAGGUGGAGACGACUCUCUGAUGAGUUGCAGAACUCAGAGGAGGUACUUCAAAUCCUCAGACCUAACAUGGAAAACACUGGUCAGGUCAGUGAGUCUGGCUCCUCCACAGUUAAACAUGCACUCAACCCUGACAAAGCCUUCAUGCAAGUCCACUACCUCAAGGGUUACUUCCUCCUCAGGUUCUUGGCCAGUCAAGUGGGAGAGCAACAAUUCAUCGACUUCUUCAGAUUAUUUGUGAAGAAAUACCAUGGGCAACUGAUUUUGUCUCAGGAUUUCCUCAGAAUGCUGCUGAUUACCUUUCCCGACAUGGAGAGAAAAGGCCUCACCCUCAGUGCUAUUUAUGCCGACUGGCUUGAUCAACCGGGAAUUCCAAAGUGGCUGUAUGAAAGGAGCGCCGUGUGGUCACAGGCGAGGCUGGUAGAAGAAGUCAAAGCAGAGGUUGUAAAAUGGAUUCUCCUCAGUCAGAGUCAUCAGGGGAAGGGCAGAAAGCGGAAGAGAAUAGAGACCAAGGUGAACUACAAAGAGGUGACGUCGGAGCAGCUAGUGAUGCUUUUGGAGCUUCUGCUCGAGAAAGAGGAGCUAAGCGUGGCAACAAUGCGCGCUCUGCAGAGAACUUACAACCUACAGAAUCAAGACGCUGAAGUCCGACAUCGCUGGUGUGAGCUGGUGGUCAAACAUGCGUACACUCAGGCAUACGGAGACGUGGAACGCUUUCUGGUUCAUGACCAAGCCAUGGGUGUGUAUCUGUAUGGGGAGCUGAUGGUUCAGGAGGACCCUGAGCAGCAGGCUCUGGCCUGUCGCUGCCUCUCAUUGGUUCAGGAAGAAAUGGACCAAUCAGCACGCAGAGUGGUGGAGGAGAUGGUCCUAUGACAUUGGAGGUUGCAGACUGCAGACAGAGAUGACAGGAGUUUGGCACACGGGGCCUACGAGGGUCCAGCACUCACCUCCUCUUCCUCUGUAGGAGAGGGGACGCUGCAGAAUCGCUCAGCAGUGUGUGAACACCAGAAGGCUGUGCUCUUACUUUACAGCCAAGGCCAACUGGCAAGGUUUAGUGCACAGCAGUUCUGUUCAUUCAAGUCUAAAGAAAUAGCUGGUGUGUGUGAACCAGUAACAAUACAAGCUGUUCCUAGUGAAAUACUAUUGCUGUAAGAGAAAAAUUACGUAAAUUUCACCUGUUUUAAAAUGAUAGAUGAUGGGAAUACAGCACCUCCAUCCAUGUUUAAAAACUUGAGCUGCUGUGUUUAAGUUAGUUUCUGUGUGUGUGUGUGUAGGUGUGAGUUCAUGUCUGUUUAGUCUGAAGCCAUGAUCUGGUUCUUUAGAGUUUAGACUAGACUAGUCUUGUUUUUCUACAUAACAAAUGACUUCACUCUGGCCUAUAACAACACUGGAAAAUAUACAACCAGGGCAUUUCUACAUGUAAAUGAUGGUUUUGUAACUGCUGCGCAAACAAAUAAUAAUGGUUCACUUUUUUUUCUCUGCAUAAUUUUAAGUGAAAAUCUUUCAUAUGUUCAUGUUAAAAUAAAAUGUUUUCUUAAAAUAAA